GGGAAGAACGAUCAGACACGUUUUUAGUUAGGUCAGAUAAACGAAAAGCUCUCCUCGGUAGUCCAUAGGGCUCUUCAGGCCGCCUCAGCCCACAACUUUGCUGCCCGGAGCUAGACAGGGCUGCCCACUGGUGCCCUCACUAGCCCCUGCGUCACCAAGAGAUUUGGAGAUCCUCUUCAAAAAGCUUGCAUCAUACUAACGAGACGCUACCCACGUGCCGAUGAAGCUCUUGUUGUGGCCGGUCAAGACUCGAGCUCAAGACACCCGAGCUCUCAGCCCUGCGCCGCCAUGAUGAGAACAUUCGCAGCCGUCGCCUAUGCACUCGGUCUUGCCGCCUCUGUUGCGCAAGCACAGACGACCCUCUCCAACUCGUUGUUCUUUCCUCUGCUCGCAGAUGCGAAUACGACGGAGUUGUUUCCCAUGCCACCAUGCGGCUCUUUCCAAUUGGAAGAGGCGACCAUCGACGAGAUGCAAGCUGCCAUGAGCAAUGGCACCUUGACUUCUCAACAACUUGUCAUCUGCUAUCUUGAAAGAGCAUAUCAGACACAAGGAUACAUCAACUCCAUUCUUGAGUUCAAUCCCGAUGCUCUAUCGAUCGCAGCGUCCCUCGACCAUGAAAGAAAGAAUGGAACGGUCCGAGGUCCACUCCAUGGAAUUCCUUUCAUUGUCAAAGACAAUAUCGCGUCCAAAGACAAGAUGGACACAACGGCUGGCAGUUGGGCACUGGUCGGCAGCAUCGUGCCCAGAGACGCUCAUGUCGUUGCGCAGCUUCGCAAAGCUGGUGCCGUCUUAUUCGGCAAAGCCACCUUGAGUGAAUGGGCGGACAUGCGAAGCAAUAACUACUCCGAGGGUUAUUCUGGACGUGGUGGUCAAGCCCGAAGCUCCUACAACCUGACCACCAACCCUGGUGGAAGCAGUUCCGGCAGCGCCAUCGCUGUCGCAGCGAACGUCAUCGCAUUCGCCUUGGGCACCGAGACGGAUGGCAGUGUCAUCAACCCUGCAGAGCGUAACGCCAUCAUUGGCAUCAAGCCUACCGUCGGCUUGACGUCUCGCGCUGGUGUCAUCCCGGAGAGUGAGCAUCAAGAUACAGUCGGCGCUUUUGGCAAGACAGUCCGAGACGCCACCUAUGCCUUGGACGCGAUUUAUGGCGUUGACGCCAACGACAACUAUACCUCAGCCCAGACAGGUAACACCCCCAGCGGAGGCUAUGCGCAAUUCCUGUCUAAGAAGGACGCUCUGAAGAAUGCGACCUUCGGUCUGCCUUGGAACAGUUUCUGGAUCUACGCCGAUGAAGACCAGCUGGAGCAGCUCGGCGAGCUCCUCGAUCUGAUUAAAGGAGCCGGCGCGACCAUAAUUAACAACACCGAAAUCACAGACUACGAGACCCUCGUCUCGCCCGACGGCUGGAACUGGGACUAUGGCUCGACCAGAGGCUACCCUAACGAGUCCGAGUAUACCUACGUCAAGGUGGACUUCUACAACAACAUCAACAAGUAUCUUUCCGAGCUGACCAACACCGAGAUCAAGACGAUUGAGGACCUCGUCAAUUACAACUACGACAACGACGGCACUGAGGGUGGCUACCCCUGGCCUCUGGGCAUCCCAGCAUUCUAUUCUGGUCAGGAUGGAUUCGAGGCGUCUCUAGCCACUGGAGGUGUCUACAAUGAAACCUACUGGCAAGCCCUGAGCUUCUGCCAAAACAAGACCCGCCAGGGCAUCAACGAUGCUUUGACCUACAAUGGCAAGAAGCUCGAUGGGCUUCUGGUCCCUCCAGAUGUCGGCCAGAGCUACGAGAUCGCUGCUCAGGCUGGUUAUCCUGUCAUCACUGUCCCUGGUGGCGUUCGCACCGUCAGCGGCAUGCCCUUUGGUCUUGCAAUUAUGCAGACUGCCUGGGCUGAAGCGGAGUUGAUCAAGUGGGGUAGUGCCAUUGAGGAUCUGGGACUUACUUCUGGCACCCAGAGGAAGAGAACACUACCUACGUGGCGGGGAUAUCUGGAGAGAAAUAUCCCGGUUCCAUUCUCGGAUUAAUAAUUUAAUAUCUCCAGGUAUAUAUCUGAC